AUGUUCAUCAGCGAUUUUGAAGGCGCAGACGAGAUAGAAGAGAUGGACGACAACGAUAGGCAUAACCCAAGCCAGAGGCUUGCAGUUAUGACCAUUGAGGAUGAUGAGCACAAGGGUUUCUUGACGGAACUCGGAGAAGUCGAUGGGAUUAGAAUGAUAUCCAUUCUCAAUGACCAGUCAGCAUAUCACUUCUUCACUAAAGGCGACAUUUUUCAGCAGCGACAAGCUGAUAGACAGGCCAUGGAAGUGUUCACACUCGACAACCGGUAUUCAUCCGACACUUUCCAAGGUAUCAUGCCAGACACUGGAGCCUCUGGGGUUUCGUCCGCUGGUGAAUUCAGGGCAUUAUGCAAGCUGGACCCUAAAGUCAGACUCAAUACCUCCAGGGCUGGGGAACAAAAGAUCAAAUUUGGAGACGGGGAUCCAAAACCCUCCUUGGGGACAGCCGAUGUUGAUACCCCAAUUGGCACCAUUACCUUUCAUAUCCUCCCCACGAACACACCAUUUCUCUUCUGCCUCAAGGACAUGAAUGCUAUGGGAGUGGAGCUCCGAAACAAGAAAAACGUGCUCGAGCGAGGAGACAAGAGAGUACCCAUCGUACGCAAGUGGGAACACCCAUGGAUGUUGCUGCACAACCUGGAGGAGACAGCAGCAUGGAGCCACCACACCGAAACGGAACUACGACAACUCCACCGACGUUUCGGACACCCAUCAGUACGGAGAUUGACCCGAAUCCUUCAACGCGCCGGGCACGAGGUAAAUUCGCAGUGCAUUGACUACCUCACGAAAUUCUGCCACCAUUGCCAGAUGAAGGGCAAGUCCCCAGGACGAUUCAAAUUUACCCUGAAAGAUGACUAUGAGUUCAACUACUCGGUCAUCAUCGACAUUUCGUACCUCGAAGGGAAACCCGCUCUGCAAGUCAUUGAUACAGCCACAUUAUUUGGAGCUGCGAGAUUCCUGAAGGAUAUGUCUGCACGCAAUGCAUGGGACACACUUCGGAAGAACUUCACAUCUGCAGAGUUUAAGCAGCUCGCAUCAUCAAUGUCAAUUAAGGUCAAGGAGGUUCCUGUAGAGUCUCACAAUAGUGUGGGGAAGGUGGAACGAUACCAUGCGCCGUGA